CCUGAAUGACAUGUGUUGGCGAACUUGGCCCCUCCUCUCCCGGCUGGCGGGGCAGCGCUGCAGAGUUGAAGCGCAACAGCCUGGAGAGCGCAGCAGCGACUUUGCCGCUCUGCAGCUUUGAUGACAGGAUCUUCGAAGCCGUCGAUGAGCGCGGUGCAAGUGCUUUGCAGCUGAAGAUUCGGGAGUCCAUUCACAACUUGCGACUCACCCGAUCACGAUGAAGCUCCUGGUGUGCGUUGUGGCAGUCGUCGUGGCGGCGAGAGCGACCCAGGCAGGGGACAAUUCCAACGAGCCGUGUUUCGGUUUGGACUGCAGCCGAGGAUGCAGGUGCAACCCAGAAAAGGGAGCGAGGGGUCGUCCAGGGCCCCUGGGGGAGGUUGGUCAAAGUGGGCCAGAGGGGCCCCGUGGCGGCCUGGGGCCUACGGGCCCCAAAGGAGAGAAGGGCCAUAUUGGCUUGAAAGGACCAUCCGGCCCGAAAGGAGACAAAGGACCAAUGGGAGUACCAGGAUUUCAAGGAAAUGAUGGCGUACCUGGUCACACUGGUCAGCAAGGUAGCCGAGGACAACCAGGACUGGACGGCUGUAACGGGACCAGAGGCGAGCCCGGCUAUCCUGGUUACGGCACCGGAGUGCCCGGGCUACCUGGUUUUGCAGGACCCAUCGGGCCAAAGGGUCAGAAAGGAGAACCUCGAUACAUUACUGGUGAUGGCACCACUAGUUUACCUGGCCUUCCAGGAGAAGACGGUCGACCUGGUGCCAGAGGUCCCGAUGGCCCACUCGGCUUCCCUGGCCCACCGGGGCCGGAGGGAUAUCCCGGCCUGCCUGGUCCUCCAGGUCCACCAGGGCCAAUGGGGAGUCGUAGCGACGGAUAUCAAGGCGAAAAAGGAGACAAGGGUGACUUGGGGCUUCCGGGACCGAGUGGUACUCCAGGUGACGGGUCUCUAAGAAGCGAGCAAACCCUCACCAUUUAUAAAGGAGAUAAGGGUGAACCCGGCCCGAAGGGGAUCCGUGGCUUCCCUGGGAAUCGCGGCCUCCCUAGUCCUUUUGGUUUCCGCGGCGAAUUCGGAGAGAAAGGAAUACCCGGAUACCCAGGGGCAAGAGGUCCUCCGGGUUUUAACGGACCUCCUGGCCUACCAGGACAAAAGGGAUACAUUGGAACUCCAGGUUUCCCCGGACAACCCGGAUACACCGGACCCAAGGGAGACCAGGGAGACCCCGGACUCCCAGGACCUCCUGCUUAUGUCAGCGGUCCCAGUACAUCUAUUCAAGGACCACCGGGUGAUCCCGGCUUUAACGGGCUUCCAGGUCCACGCGGUGACCAAGGACCUCCUGGAUUUCCAGGCCCGCCAGGCCCACCAGGUCUUGGGGGCUUCGAUACAGGAGGCCGUCCCACUUUGGGUUUCACAGGCACCCCGGGCCCAAAGGGAGAGAAAGGCAGCCCCGGCAUACCCGGCUAUGGCGUCGAAGGACUCCCCGGCUCCCCUGGACUUCCAGGGAUCCCGGGACCUCCCGGACCUCAGGGGCCACCCGGAUCUCAGGGGCCAUCCAGCCGACCCGGUGAGCCCUGCAUCAUCUAUCCCGACGGGGAAAAGCCCACUGUUUCACCUGGACCCAGCAUCCCAGGGGUGCCGGGAUUGCCUGGUUCCCGUGGACCGCAGGGAAACCGAGGAUAUAAUGGCUUCAGAGGGGAUCCCGGUGACUGCAACUGUAUCGGAGGCGGCUCCUCAGGACUGCCCGGGCCUACUGGACGUCCGGGCACCCCGGGCAACCCCGGCUUCCCAGGGUCAAAGGGGGAGUCCGGUGACCCUGGCUCACCUGGCUUUGGGGGCCAGGGAACACCUGGUCGCGCUGGUGAACGUGGUUUCUUUGGCCGCAAGGGAGAAAAGGGAGCGUCUUACUACACCAACUAUGGUUUUGGAGAAAAGGGAGAACUCGGAGCAACUGGGCCCAGAGGGCCCACAGGAGAAACAGGGACACCAGGCAGGGACGGAUCACCAGGUUUCCCCGGACCUCGCGGUCCCCCAGGCGACGUCGGCAUCGGCACACGCGGAGAGAAAGGUUUCCCGGGCUUCCCGGGUGCCAAGGGUCGGUCUGGAGGGCCCGGCGAGCCCGGCCCCGGCUUUGUGGGUACGCCCGGUUUCCGAGGAGAACCCGGGGAACCCGGUUUACCGGGACUGCCGGGGACGCCAGGUUUGCCAGGACCAAGAGGUGAAAACAGCUGCGAAGAGGUUAUUGACAGCCAAGAGGGAACGGGCCAAGUUCUUCCCUGUCGCAUACCCGGUGAAGUCGGACUGCCCGGUUUUCCCGGUGUACCUGGACGGCCAGGUACGAAAGGUCAACCGGGCUCAUCGGGAGGCCCCGGGCGUCCAGGAUUAGACGGUGGCAAAGGAGAGAGAGGAGACCCCGGCUAUGGAGGGCAGCCUGGACCACAAGGUUUUCCCGGACCCAGAGGGGACGCCGGAGUCCCCGGUACCCCGGGGCGGAGUUUUGAUGGGGCCAGGGGGAAGGAUGGCGUCCCGGGACGCCCCGGAGCCAAAGGCCAGCCUGGAGAAGUUCUGGGAGCCACCGGGGGGCCUCCGGGACAGGAUGGUUUUCCCGGAAGUCCCGGAGAUAAGGGCCAGCCUGGCACACCAGGAGGGCCCGGAUCGUCCGGUCUGGAUGGGCGCUCGGGUGUUCCUGGGCUUAAGGGGGAGCGCGGAGUGGACGGUUAUCCUGGGCUUCCUGGUCCUGUCGGCCUCCCGGGCGACCCAACCGUCGAAAUCCCCGGUCCACCGGGAAUCGAUGGCAGCAAGGGCCAAAGUGGCUCACCAGGCUGUCAAGGUUUUCCUGGUCGAAAGGGAGAGAGAGGAGACCCAGGUUUCCCAGGACCUGCUGGUAUGAAGGGCACUCCAGGACUACCCGGUACCCCGGGCUCAUCAGGGUCAAGGGGACCCCCUGGACCUCCAGGACCAGGAACAAGGGAAGGAGUGCCAGGAAUACCAGGAAGGAAAGGCGAACGAGGUUUCCCAGGCGUGACGGGCUUCCCCGGAUCACCAGGACGUCCUGGGAGUCCGGGAUUUCCUGGGGGGAAAGGAGGACCUGGAGGGCCAGGAAGAGAUGGACUUCCUGGAGGGCCCGGUUAUCCUGGACAGAAAGGCGAAUCAGGGUAUCCCGGUCCCGCAGGCCCACCCGGCCCUCCAAUUUUAGGCAGGGAGGCGCCUAGAGGGGACCCCGGAACUCCUGGACCCAGCGGCCUUCCCGGCUUCGUCGGACCCCGAGGGGACAAAGGUUUUCCAGGUCCGCCGGGUCGUCAGGGUCUGCCUGGACUUCCGGGUUUUGCUGAACAGAGUAAAGGGCUGCCGGGACAGCCUGGUUUCCCCGGACAGCCCGGAUUUCCCGGCGGCCCUGGUCCUAAAGGCGAAGCCGGAAUCCUGGGAUUCCCCGGCACCGCUGGAGCAAGAGGAGACGACGGAUACCCUGGUAACCCCGGCAAUCCUGGACCGUCCGGUCGUCCUGGUACCAAGGGUCAGCCUGGAGAGUCGUAUGGCUAUCCCGGCGGUCCUGGCCAGAAAGGGCAACCUGGAGAUCCAGGAUAUCCAGGUGGACGUGGCAACAUUGGCUCUCCUGGUGAUGAUGGCUUUCCUGGAAGUCCCGGUUUCCCUGGUCUCAAGGGAGGACCUGGAGAAGGUGGACGGCCUGGAAUAAUGGGUUCACCUGGUUACCCAGGUCCCAAAGGUCAGUCUGGCUUCCCCGGGAGAAGUGGGUCUGAUGGAACCCCUGGUUUGCCCGGAGGCCCUGGAGGCCCUGGACCUAAAGGUCUUUCUGGAGCUCCUGGUUUGGACGGACUUAAUGGCCUCCGUGGACCUAAAGGCCUUCCUGGGACACCUGGGGUGAGUGCCGGAACUCGACAGGGUGCCCCUGGUGUUCCGGGGUUGAAGGGCGAGAGAGGCGUCUCUUACCCAGGAGGACCAGGUUUCCCAGGAUCAAAGGGAGAGAGAGGAGCGCCAGGUGGUCCUGGAGUCAAUGGAUUUCCAGGUCGACCUGGACUCCCUGGUAAUUCAUUCGGUUCAGACAUUCCUGGACCCUUGGGAGAUCCCGGCCUCCCUGGCCUGGAUGGAGAGUUUGGUUUGACUGGUCCUCCAGGCCUUCCCGGGCCACCCGGUCCAGGUACGGACCAGGGAGAAAGAGGUGAUCCCGGACUCCCGGGUUUCCCUGGAGCCCCUGGCAGGAAAGGUGAACCAGCGCCUUCCGGAAGCCCCGGACUCCCUGGCAGUCCUGGCUUCAAAGGACUCCAAGGUGAUACUGGAUUCAGCGGCACUCCAGGUCUUAAAGGAUUUCCAGGUGACCCUGGCUAUUACGGAGGCAAAGGAGCCAAAGGUUUCCGAGGCCCGGCGGGUCCAAAGGGUCGCCCCGGUAUCACACUGCCCGGGAGAAUUCCAUCGUAUGAGCGACCUGUGGGAGAUGUCGGUCCUGUAGGUAACCCUGGAUCUCCUGGUUUCUCCGGAGGGCCCGGUCAGCCUGGAUUGCCUGGACGCCCAGGUCCGAAGGGACGUCCAGGCGCUCUUGGUAAACUGGGCCGCACUGGUUCCGCUGGUUCAGCUGGACCAAUUGGUGACCCUGGUCCUCCUGGUUUUCCCGGAGCCACUGGAGAUCAAGGCCCUACCGGUGCUGUUGGUCGACCCGGUAGUCCCGGCUCGGUGGGCCGCAGCAUCAGUAUUGGCUACACUUUGGUGAAGCAUAGCCAGAACGCACAGAUUCCCAUGUGUCCUCAGGGCAUGGCCAAACUGUGGGACGGCUACAGCUUGCUUUACGUGGAGGGUCAAGAGAAGGCACACAACCAGGACCUUGGUCAGCCGGGUUCCUGCCUCCCCAGGUUCAGCACCAUCCCGUUCCUCUACUGCUCCCCAAACGAGGUGUGCUACUACGCCAGCCGCAACGACAAAUCGUACUGGCUCUCCACCACCGCGCCCAUUCCCAUGAUGCCCGUGGCCCAGAAUCAGAUUCGGCCUUACAUCAGCAGAUGUUCAGUGUGCGAGGCGCCAUCACAGGCGGUGGCGGUCCACAGUCAGGACUUGACCAUCCCCAACUGCCCCCCGGGCUGGAGGAGUCUCUGGAUAGGCUACUCCUUCCUUAUGCACACAGCGGCCGGGGCCGAAGGCGGCGGCCAGUCCCUGGUUUCCCCCGGCUCGUGCCUGGAGGAUUUCCGGGCGACGCCAUUCAUCGAGUGUAACGGUGCCAAGGGCUCGUGCCACUACUUUGCCAACAAGUACAGCUUCUGGCUGACCACGGUGGAUCCCAACCAAGAGUUUGUCUACUCGCCAGCGCAGGAGACCCUGAAGGGAGGCCAAGAGCGCUCCAAAGUCAGCCGCUGCCAAGUGUGCAGCAAGGUCUUGUAGGGAAGAGGCGACGAAAGAGGAAAAGAAAACUACAAGAGCAAGAACAUGUGACUGAAAAUGAGCCUCCUCUGCUCGAUAAUAAUUUUCAGAAAGAAUGGCAUAUCGGGAGGGGUGGGGGGUUCGAUGAGAGGAGGGCUCUACGCUCCUCCAGAUUAUCACUGACCAUGGUGCUACGUUAUGUGUUUUGUGUUGUCUAUGUCUUUGCUCCCGUGAGCAUGGCUUUGGGGGCGGAACUCGUUCUCGGCUACCUCAGAGCGUGCCGACUCUUCCGCCUUUGCAUCUGUUGGGCUCUGCAUCACUUGUUGGAUGCUGGUUACUUCCGAAAAUCUGAAUAUGGGUCUGAGCUGUUUUAGCUGCAGCACAUGCAAAAAAAAAAAAUGUUUAAAAGCUUUUUUUUUUUUUUUUUUAACGACUGGCUAACAUUCACGUGUACUCAUUCUUUAUGCAUGCAUUCAUCAGAAACUGUGGCGACAGUAUUAUUUGGGAGAAUUGUCCUUUUGUGUUAGACUGCACCCCGCAGUUCUAAAGACAACAAACGUAACGGCACAAUUCAUUCGCUUCUUGUUACAGUUACGACAUAUGCAACUUUAUUUUUCAGUCAACAUGUUUGUUGUUUGUGUUCUUCUCACCGGUGCUACUACGAGACGAGCUGCAUAAACCAAAGCAGCACUCUUUUCCACAAAUCCCCUCGCAUGGCCAACCAGCAGCAGUUCUGGAUGACAAAUAUUUUGCACUGAUCAUUUUUGGGGAAUAAAUAUAACAAACUAAAUCACUUCCCGGGCUGAAAACUAUUUUGUUUUCACUUUUUGUAAUUCAACACCACACACUCUUGUCUGAUAGAAUGUUAAUUAUUGCUGUACAUAGGUUUUUGCUGACCCCCCCUAAAUGCUCUUAGUGCUUUGUUAUUGUUUGUUUUUUAUUUCCCUAGGCAACAUAAGCGCUUUUUUUUAGCGUGCGCUCUUAAGGAUGGACUGCUGAAUUUCCCAAAUAUAUUAAUAAGGAUAAAACAGAUGCCCGGAUGGCGAAAGCUUUGGGACUUAGAACCACUACUAUGACCACAUGUCUAUAGAUUUGUCUUUUUGAUUUGUAAUCUAAAGUGUCAUUAUUCUACCAGAAUCAUGAUACUAUCCAUCAUUUUUAUUUACCGGGAUAGGAGGGGUGGGCAGACGUGUACAUUAAAAUUAGAGGAGUGGCAAAUAUCCUGUAUAGUCACUCUAAUGUUUGUUUGAAUAUGUUAUGCAUCCAGUGUCAGCAGUGAUGGAAAAAUAAAUAUGGUUUUCCUCAAAAAGGACCAGAACCAAAGAAAAACAAA